GAAAUGUUGUCGCUUUUUGUAAAGUACACUUUACCAUGAGCAAUUGAACAGUUAAACAACAAAAUAAACAAAUUGAACUUUAUAGUUCAUGAAAGACCCGUUCACUUGAAUUUUUUCAGAACGAAUUAACAAAACUCUGAAAAAGAAGAGGUAUAUUUGUUUGCUUGCAACAUGAAUCCGCUAACAAAUAUGCGAAAUGUGUUAAAAUUAAGUGAACGUGAACUACAAAAUCCCAAUGGCAAGAGCUGGCAUGAUAUGUACCGCGGAUCCGCAUGGAUAUUUAUAGCCGGUUUCCCAUACACACUCUCCGAGGGGGACAUCGUCUGCGUGUUCUCCCAGUACGGGGAAAUUGUCAACAUCAAUCUGGUGCGGGACAGCAAGACAGGCAAAUCGAAAGGAUUCUGUUUUCUAUGCUACGAGGAUCAACGUUCAACGGUGCUGGCUGUAGACAAUUUAAACGGCAUAAAAAUUCUCGAUCGCUCACUGCGCGUCGAUCAUGUGGCGGACUACAAGCCCCCCAAGGAUAAUGAGAAACUGGAUGAGGAGACCUUACGCCUCUAUAUGGAAGGAUGUGCGCCCAAGCCAAUAACUAAACCAGUGUCCGAGGAAUCAAAGCACAGUUCAAAGACUAUCGAUAUUAAGAAGGAAAAGACAAAGCAUAGCAAAAGUUCCAAAGAGAAAAAAUCCAAGAAACGUCGAAAUAGCUCCGAUUAGUAAUUUAUAUCAAUUAUUUAUUUUAAGUACACUAAAUAAACUAAUUCUGAAUAUUUUUGUAAAAA